AUGAACGCGGCAUUCUCCAGCGUCAGGUUACGCGCCCUCGACACCAUCUCGCAGUUCUCUUCCUCCAAAGCAUCACGGUCCACCUUGCCCACAUCGUCAUCAUCAUGGCUCUCCUCGUCCUCACAUAAGUCGAAGCGCAGCAUGGAUCGACCUCGCCUAUUCACAUCAAGUCGCUCCGGUUUAGACACAGCCACAGGAUCGUCACAUACCAGAUCAAUAUCCGAGACAGCCUCCAAGUCCACCGCUCUCUUCGUGCUCGGCUGCUUGGCGUGGUACACAUCCUCCUCGUUGUCGUCCAAUACCUCCAAGGCGCUGCUCUCUAAAGGGCGCGUACCUAAGGUCGAUGGUCAAGACUGGGGCGUGCCGCCGGCAGCUCGGCCACCAGCCUUUCCCUAUCCGGUAACGCUGACGCUCAUCCACUUCAUCUUCGUCAACGUCUGCUGUGCCAUCUGCGCCUCGCGCCGCAUCCUCGGCAACCGCGCCCUCACACGCCUCGUCAAGCCCUCCUUUCAUCGCGUUGCCGAAGUCGGCCAGCUGGCCUUCUUCAAUGUCAUGGGGCAGGCACUCUCCUCGCUCGCCAUCUCGCGCGUUCCCGUCGCAACAGUGCACACUAUCAAGGCGCUCAGCCCGCUCUUCACCGUGCUCAGCUACACCUACCUCUUCAACGUCACCUACUCGAGUAAGACGUACAUGUCGCUCCUUCCACUCACCUCGGGCGUCAUGAUGGCGUGCACAGGGUUCGCAUUCAACGCAGACGACAUCGUCGGGUUUGGCGCCGCCCUUGGAUCCACAUUCGUCUUCGUAGCGCAGAACAUCUACUCCAAAAAGCUGCUGAGAAAGGGCGAGAAGGACGGCAUCCCCGGCACGGACAGCGAGAAGAUGGACAAGAUCAACAUCCUCUUCUACUCGUCCGCCUGCUCUAUCGUGCUCAUGAUCCCCAUGGCGUUGUACUACGACGGGACUGCCAUCUUCUCCAACCCUAGCUGGAAGGCAAAUGCUGCCUGGCCGCACGAUCGGGGCAUGCUCGUCCUCUACCUGCUACUGUGCAAUGGGCUGGUCCACUUUGCGCAGAACAUCCUCGCAUUCAACGUCCUAUCCAUGGUCUCACCCGUGACCUACUCCAUCGCAUCUCUGCUCAAGCGGGUGUUCGUCAUCGUUCUGGCCAUCAUCUGGUUUGGCCAGGCCGUCUCGCUGCUCCAAUGGUUCGGCAUCGCGCUGACCUUCUAUGGAUUGUGGAUGUACAACGAUAGCAAGACCAAGGAUGAUGUGCAGAAGGGAGAGAGGAAGGUCGAGCGCAAGCAGGUCGCCUCGCAAGGGUUGUUGCCGCUCAGCACUGUGUCGAUCACGAGUUCGGCAAAUGACUUUGGGCAGGGGCUGCACAGUAGGCCGCAUCCCAGCGCACCUCCGGCAGGAGGGGGCUACCAGCACACAGCAGGCAGGUCAAGACCGGCGUAUGUAGCGCCAUCCGUGGGCGGCUGGAAUGAUGUUCCUGACAACAUGAUGAAGAGCUACAUCAAGGACCCCACCAAGAGCCUGCCUAGCCCGCCGGACAGCGACAAGGAGGUGUAG